AUGGUACUGGGCAUACUUACGUCGAUAGCGGCGUGCCCCGCUAUCAUUGGGACCACGGAGGCUGUAAGGCAAGGGCAGAGCAAGAAUAGAAGAGAACAGCAUCGAGGGAGGAAGUCUAAUCUCCUUGUAACAUGUUCUGAUCCAAGUCGGAAGGCGAGGGAUAUUCAUGGGGGUACAGUUGUCCUGCGUGACAAGAAGCUCUAUGUCACGACAGUUAACCCUAAUGCCAAAUUCCAACACGACGAAGCAGAUGGUCAAGCUUUGGACAGAUUAGAUGAGCAGCGUCAUUUAUUUGCUGGCUAUUUCUUUCCCUACCCGGACAAGCGCUGGGGCCGGAAGGGCGACGGCUACGUGACGACCGUCUCUGACGAUCCGCCGCAACUGAACUGGGUCUAUGUGGACAAAGACACCUAUGAAGUCAAAUAUGGCCUCAGGGUCGACGCGGAGCCACAUCUGGUCGGGCCCUGGAACUGUUCGCCAGUAGAUAAAAGGCUUAUCUUUGAUGGGUGGGAGGGAUUCACGGUUGUGGAGGUCGAGGAUAAUACGUGGCAGCUCUAUUUUGAUGUCGAUGAUGAUGGGUUGCAGGAAAAGGUCCCGCUAGACAAGAGAAUCAUGGAGAUUGAGCUCACUAGGAAGGAAGUGAGAAUGAAAAAGGGAGACUGUAUACUAGGCUAGUCGAUCAGGUGAGCUUGGUGAAAUUUCGGGUGUGGUCUUGAAUGGGGAGGGGAACCGUGUCGUAGCAGCAAUAUUUUUGAGGAUAGGUCCUUACUGCUCCGAGGGAGAGCCAUCACUUUAGUCUGGUAAGAGCAUAGAAAGCUCAGGGUGAAACGUUGAGAACUUUUCUCGCAUCUUAUAUCGUUAAGAGUAGUCUUCUCAGAGAUCGUGGGAUACAUUUCUCUUAAAGUGGCAGUUCCGGACUACG